AUGCCAAGGCAGGAUAGUGCAAGGAAGAGUGUGGUAAGGUAGGGUAGGGUAGCGCAAUAUUCAAGGCAGGGAAGCUCCCAAAAUUCAGCUUUUGUUAAAUUUAAAUUUUUUUAAAAUUUUUACUUUUUCACUUUGAGUCCCCACCAAUUUUCUCAAAUUUUAAAAAUUCAAUUUCAGAUUCAAAUUCCUCAAAACCUUCAUUUCAAAUUUUUGGUCCUACUUCGGAACGGUGGCACGAUGACGGUGGAGCAGAGAGAGCGAACGCCACAAAUUGAGAUCAAGGAGGAGUCGAAUCCAGAUUGUUGUACCAAGUUUAUUAAUGCCAUUUGCGAGUUCUUCGGACUGAUUGCCAAGGAUCGGCACAAGAAGAUUACCGUCAAAAUCGAGGAGAAUAAAAUCACCUACUUCGGCAAAGAUGGAAAGUAAGUUUUCGCGGUUUUUUUGCUUUUUAAAGAAAGUUCUUGCCAUUUCUUGUUUUGUAAACAAAGUUCUUGCCAUUUUAUAUAUUGUAAAGAAUGUUCUUGCCAUUUUAUGCCUUGUAAACAAAUUUCUUGCCAUUUUUCACUUUCUAAAGAAAUUUCUUGCUAUUUUAGGCUUUGUAAACAAAGUUUUCGCCAUUUUAAGUUUUGUAAAGAAAUUUCUUGCCAUUUUUGUCUUGUAAAGAAAGUUCUUGCAAUUUGUUUUGUAAAGAAAGUUCUUGCCAUUUUAUGCAUUGUAAAGAAAAUUCUUGCUAUUUUACCUUUUGUAAAGAAAGUUCUUGCUAUUUUAUGUAUUUUAAAGAAAGUUCUUGCCAUUUUAUGUAUUGUAAAGAAAGUUCCCGCCUUUUUUAAUGUAAUUUUCCAUGUUCAGAUGCAAAGACCCAAAGGUGCUGAUGGAGGACAUGAAGCAAAAAACUGUAGACAUGAGUGAACCCAGGGUUUCGAAGAAACGCAAAAAGAAUACCAAUAAGACGUCCAGUCCACACCAUAAGUCCUCUAGCCCCCAUCACAAGAAGAAGCAUGACUGA